AUGAAGUACAAUCCGCGUGUGACCUCUUCUCGCCGGAAGAACAGGAAGGCUCACUUCUCGGCUCCUUCGAGCGUGAGACGCGUGCUCAUGAGCUCGCAGUUAUCAACCGAACUCCGUAAGAAAUACAAUGUCAGAUCGAUGCCGAUUCGCAAGGACGACGAAGUUCAGGUUGUUCGUGGGACGUUCAAAGGAAGAGAAGGGAAAGUGAUGCAGGUGUAUCGCCGCAAGUGGGUGAUUCACAUCGAGAGAAUCACGAGGGAGAAAGUUAACGGAACAACGGUCAACGUCGGAGUCAAUGCGUCGAACGUUGUGAUCAUGAAGCUCCGUCUCGACAAGGACAGGAAAUCGCUGUUGGAGCGUAAGGCUAAUGGACGAGCCGUCGCGGAUAAGGAGAAGGGAACGAAGUUCACGGCGGAAGAUGUUAUGCAGACCGUAGAUUAA